UAUAAAUAGGUCCAAAACAAAUGUCAGCUGUGUUUGACGUGUGUUAAUGUAUUUGAAAAUGAUAUUUACAAAUGGUUUGUUUGAAUUUAUGUAUUUUUAAGUCAAUGUAAACUCUAUCAGUGCAGUAUAUAUAUAUUUUAAAGUUGUUUACCCCCGGCCCCUACACAUAUAUGUAACGUUAUGUAUUCGUGUCAUACCUUUUUACAAGGACCAGGCAAAUGUUUAGUUUUUCGUUUUAUAUCAAUUAUUUUGUAUUAUCCUAAAAAGGAUUCCCAAGAGACUAUUCCUGAGACGGAGUCAGUUGCAGGUGGUUCCCAGGAUCUUUUCCUUAAUCCUCCGGCCAGUGUCAGGAAUGACAGAACAGAUGAAAUAAUUAGAAAAUUGGACAAGCUCACAGGUGAUGUUGCCCUUUUGCGAAGAGAAGUGGCAGAGCUGAGGGGCAAGUCACCUGCGUCUGCCAAAGCAUUCAACAUUAACACGGCUUCAUGCAAGAGGAGGUUCAACCUAUAUUUAAGAAGUAGGUUCUCAUGUCGCCCAUGGCUGGAAGUCAAAAGUGAUGACUUUAAGAAUGAAGUUCACACUUGCCUGGCCAUGGACGACAUGAGAACCAAUCCUGCAGCAUUCCAGGGAAUGGUCUCCCAUUCAUUACACAAAUUCACGGAGCUCAGGAAUCAAUUUAGGAGAAAGAUUCUGGCAGACAAACAAAGUAUUCCUUGUAAAGGCCUUGGAGAGCUGUGCUAUGACAUCUUUCACAGCUACUCCAAGGCCGAUGAAUGCACCCUGUCCCAGGAAAGGAUGCAUGCAACAAUUCUGUUGAGACACUUUCUUCACAAGAAGAGGUACUUUAACGAUGGGACUUCGGCAUCUUUCUGGGCGGAAUUUAGGUCUUUUUGGGAAGAAAUUGAAAAGGAUGGAAGGCCUCAGAAAUGGGAAAGAUUAGAAGAAAUUGAUAAGAGGAGAACUGAAAGGGCAAGAGGUAAAAACAUCUUUUUUUUAAUUUAUUAAAAUCAAUGUUUAAACCAAUUCAUUUAGAAUAUCCAUUGAUAUAUGUUUAAUAAAUUAUAAUGCUAAAGCUUAGCUCUUAGCUGACUUGAGCUUUCUUGGGCCAAAUUAUAUCAAAAUUUGUUUGGCAUCUAAUGUUGUCUCUGAUAGAAAUUUAUAUUUUCUUGUACCUCUCAAACUUGUCUGUGCCACAUCUUUUAAACUGGAUGGAGUAGGCUUUCAAACUUGGUCAGCUGGUUCAUCAUAUGGAAAGGGAUGCAACAGUCAUAAGUAGGUCACAAUAGCCUCGUUUUGAAAAAUACCUGGCAUAGCGUUACCAAAUACUGUCUGUGCUAUAUCUUUUAAACUGGAUGGUGUAGGACUUUCAAACUUGGUCAGCUGGUUCAUCAUAUGGAAAGGGAUGCAACAGUCAUAAGUAGGUCACAAUAGCCUCGUUUUGAAAAAUACCUGGCAUAGCGUUACCAAAUACUGUCUGUGCUAUAUCUUUUAAACUGGAUGGUGUAGGACUUUCAAACUUGGUCAGCUGGUUCAUCAUAUGGAAAGGGAUGCAACAGUCAUAAGUAGGUCACAAUAGCCUCGUUUUGAAAAAUACCUGGCAUAGCGUUACCAAAUACUGUCUGUGCUAUAUCUUUUAAACUGGAUGGUGUAGGACUUUCAAACUUGGUCAGCUGGUUCAUCAUAUGGAAAGGGAUGUAAGAGUCAUAAGUAGGUCACAAUAGCCUCGUUUUGAAAAAUACCUGGCAUAGCGUUACCAAAUACUGUCUGUGCCAUAUCUUUUAAACUGGAUGGAGUAGGACUUUCAAACUUGGUCAACUGGUUCAUCAUAUAGAAAGGGAUGUAACAAUCAAAAGUAGGUUACAAUAGCCUCGUUUUGAAAAAUACCUGGCAUAGCGUUACCAAAUACUGUCUGUGCUAUAUCUUUUAAACUGGGUGGACUAGGACUUUCAAACUUGGUCAGCUGGUUCAUCAUAUGGAAAGGGAUGUAACAGUCAUAAGUAGGUCACAAUAGCCUCGUUUUGAGAAAUACCUUGUGUAAGGUUGCCAAAUACUGUUCAUGACAAAAAUAAGGAUUUGGGGCCUCAUUUUUGAAUGCUCAAUACAUAUACUUAGGACUAUAUAAAAAAGAUAACAUUGUGUUAACACAUU